UUCACAUUCAUACCCGGACAGCGGCAACUCAAUACGCUCUAAUUGCAGUUCACUGUGUCGCGUUCGGCAUUGACAGAGAUGAUCGGAGUUGGGAAAAUCAAGCAGUACGCUAAUGUUCUGGACAGACCCGUCAGCAAAGGAAAGCAAGAGUUUAUAUCGUGUUCAGGUUAGCUUGAGUGCGUUUGCGUUCUUAUUUUCCGAGCUAGUUCAGUACAAUCAAACGCAAGUCGACAACAUAGCAGAGUUGGAGAGAAGGUUGGAAGAUGCUGGCUAUGCUGUCGGAGCUAGGGUUCUUGAACUUCUUUGUCACAGGGAGAAGGGAAACAGAAGAGAGACAAGAUUAUUAGGCAUUUUAUCAUUCAUACACAGUACAGUAUGGAAGGUCUUGUUUGGAAAGGUGGCUGAUUCUCUUGAAAAAGGCACUGAACAUGAAGAUGAGUAUAUGAUCAGUGAGAAGGAACUUCUUGUCAACAGAUUCAUUUCAAUACCAAAGGAUAUGGGUGCCUUCAACUGCGGAGCAUUCGUUGCUGGAAUUGUGAGGGGAGUAUUGGAUAAUGCUGGUUUUCCGGCUGUUGUGACAGCUCAUUUUGUACCUGUGGAUGGCCAACAGAGACCAAGGACAACCAUUUUGAUUAAAUUUGCUGAAGAGGUUCUACAAAGGGAGGCAAGAUUGGGUUAAUUCCAGAAAUCACAAGAUAAAUGAUGGUGGUUGAUGAUUGAUACACUGGUGUUUCCUUCUAGCGUUAUUUAAAGUAUGUGUGCUUUUACAGUCGAUAACAUUUUGCGCCCGAGUACAUUCGGGACGAGCUCAUUGUGGGAAAGUUUGUUACAAUAGGAUUGUUAGGAUAUACUUUGGCUUGUGCCCCCUCUAUUAAUAUCAUUUCAUUUGCCCUAAGCAUAAA